CGGCCGGUACGAAACGGUACCAGAGGUGCGCAUCACGAGAACGCAAUCGACUCGUUUUGUGCGACUCCCUCACUCGCUCUCGCUAGCUUUCCUUUCGAACAACAAGAUUCACCCCACCGUUUUCGACCUGGGGAAACAAUCCUGCACAUCGAAUGCRGCAGAUAUCCGAACGAGUACAACCAGUUCUACACCGCAAACGACCACUACAAAUACGAAUACCAAUUCGAAUACCAGCACCACCAUGAGCAGCACAAACAUCGACAACGAGGACCUCGAGGUGGCCGCGGCCUACACCCAGGAAGACGCCGGAUCGACGACCUUUCUGUGCUUCGGCGUCUGCGACAUGCGCAUCGCCACACUGGCCGCCAACGGCUUCAACAUCGCCGCCACCCUGGUGGGAAUCCUGGUGGCGGGCUUCAAGUCCUACCUCUUCUGGAAGGCCCUGGGCGGCGCCCUCGCCGCCGGAAUCCCCGGCCUCGCCCUGAGCGCGGUCGGGAUCUACGGGGCCAAGGAGUUCGACCUCCGGGCCAUGUACGCGGCCUCCGCCGGCUUUGGCCUCCUCCUGCUCAUCGACAUCUGCAUGUUCCAGUGGGUCGGGAUCCUGAUCAACCUCMUCGUCGUCUUCCCGCAGRCGGUCUUCACCUUUGAGCUGAGCAACGGCUUUCUCACCAAGGAGAACUAUGCCGAGCAGGAAUACAUGUCGGAGCAGGGCAGGGACUUUGUCGACCGCGUCCAUUCGCAGUACAUCGCCCCCAUGGCCGUCUCGCCCACCUCCUCUGCCCAAUAAGUUAAGGGAACAAACCGGGAAUCACAAAACGGCAAGGCACGCGGAACCCAAGGAGCACGAGCACCAGCACCAGCACAAAACAACUAUAUGUCUACAACAGAUCGAACAAAUGGAUGAAUCACCSAAWCAAUCCCCCGGCAUUGGUCGGGAUMGAUCGCUCCUUUUUCGGUACAACGUGAUAUAAAAUGUAAAUUAUGUA